CAGAAAAGCUACAAUUAAGGCCUGGUUUCGCCAUCUACGAUUUAAAUCUUAAUCAUUGUUUAAAAGCGAGAAUAAAAUUCUCAAAAGUGUAAAUGCUGAAACUGUAAUUUUUUCAUAUUUACUUCUGGUAGUUUCGGUUUUCGAGCUUUUGGCAUGUUUCCUUCCAGAAUCCAAGCCACUGGGCACAUAAAACUGCGUACUUUUUGGCAAAAAAGUAGUGAAACCACAGUAAAUCGUACCGAAGAGUUCAGUUGUCUACCUUACAUAGUUGCUGAAAUACAGUGGAACAUUUCUGAAAUGUUUAAUCCCCUGGACUUUGAUGACUGUGUGUUAUGCGUCUACCUUUUUCAAAGAUUAAAAAAUUCUGAGCAAACCUAUUAAAGCAACGGCAGUUUUUAAGAUAAAAAAAACCCUUAAAGAUGAUUAAACUAUUCUUAACCAUUUCUGAGGUAAAAGCGGCUCGAUGGUUUUUUCAAAUUUUAGAUUUUGACUCUGAUCUUAGUAUUAAUAUGCGCGUAAAAUUUUGAAGACAAAUUAAGGCGACAUUUUUUAACAAUAUCGCUCACAGCUGUUGCAGUCCCAAAUUACUGUUAAUUGCACCUUGGCCAGAUUUGAUAAGUGAAAAGUUUUGUGGGUUGGAUUUUGGAACUUUGGGGGCUCGUCUCGUUAGCAUGUCGUAUAAAAAGUCCGACCUAAAGCUCGGAUAAUCAUUCUCAGAUCUGAGUUGAGUUAAUCGCCGUCUCCUCCAGUUCAACAUGUUUAAGAUCUUGGCUUUGGUUCUUUUGGUAAGCGCAGCCCGUGCUGCUCCUCCAGCUUACCAUCAAGCUUAUGAAGAAAGUGGCCCAGCUCAAUACGAAUUUGCCUACGCGAUCGCUGAUCCCCACACUGGUGACUAUCAUUCGCAACAAGAACAUCGCGAUGGUAAGAGCGUGGUUGGCCAAUAUUCGCUUCAUGAAGCCGAUGGUACUGUCAGAAUCGUAAAAUACUCAGAUGAUGGACAUGGUUUUAAUGCAGUAGUAGAAAGACAAGGAAAUCCCUCUGAAGCCUCAGCUGGCUACAAGAAUGUCGCCGUACCUCAAUACCGCUACUAGAAGCCCGAAUUGUUUCGGUUUAAUCUGUUUGUUAUAGUAAUUUAUUUAUUUAUUUGAAUUAAAAGCAUACAAAACUAA